GUUGGUGUGUGUUAGUGUGUAGCCACUGAGCGUGAACAGGCAUUAUACAAACACAGGUGUUUUCAAGUGAGGAAGAGGAAAAUCUUGAAAAUCACAGACCUCCCUCCUGCUGCUGCUGCUUGGCUCUCUUUCACCAUGUGGCUUUAUAAUUUUUUGUUGAGUUUGGACCUCAAAGGAGUGUUGCUCUUUUUCUUUAUUUUCCUUCUUAUAGCAGAUUAUCUCAAAAACAGGAAUCCACCAAAUUAUCCUCCAGGACCACCGGCUCUGCCCUUUGUGGGGAAUCUAUUCAAUGUGGACAGUGAAGAUCAACACAUUUGUUUUUCCAAGAUGGCUGACAUCUAUGGGAAUGUAUUCAGCAUCCGAUUUGGCAGCAACAAGAUGGUGCUUGUGUCUGGGUAUAAGAUGGUGAAGCAAGCCUUAGUGACACAAGCUGAAAACUUUGUGGAUCGACCAUACAGUCCAGCCAGUGACAGGUUUUACUCAGGAACCACAGAUGGUCUGUUCAUGAGUAAUGGUGAAACAUGGAAGAGACAGCGGCGAUUUGCCUUGUCUACCUUGCGCAACUUUGGUUUUGGCAAAAGCAUCAUGGAGCAGAGUAUCUGUGAGGAGAUCAAAUACCUACAGGAGGAGAUAGAGAAGGAGAAAGGUGAACCUUUUAGCACAGCAGGCCUCUUCAGCAAUGCUGUGUCCAACAUUAUUUGCCAGCUGGUGAUGGGGAGACGCUUUGACUACAGUGACCACAACUUCCAGACCAUAUUGAAUAAUCUGGCCGAGGUUCUUCGGCUGGAGGGCUCCAUAUGGGUUCAACUGUAUGAGACGUUCCCUGGAGUGAUGAAGCUCUUGCCAGGUCCUCACAAUGACGCGUUCAGGCACUUUGACGCUGUUAAAGACUUCAUCACUCAGGAGGUAAAGAGGCACAAGGACGACCUGGACCACAGCAAUCCCCGGGACUACAUUGACGCUUUCCUCAUUGAAAUGGAGAAUCACAAAGACUCUGACCUGGGCUUCACUGAGACCAACAUGGCUCUGUGCUCUACGGAUCUGUUCCUGGCUGGAACAGAAACAACCUCCACCACUUUGCAAUGGGCUUUGGUUUACCUCAUCAAAAACCCUGACGUCCAGGAAAAAGUCCAUGCAGAGAUAGACAGAGAGAUUGGACAGACCCGCCAGCCCACUAUGGCUGACAGACCCAACUUGCCUUACACUGAUGCUGUCAUCCACGAAAUCCAGAGGAUGGGCAACAUCGUUCCUCUUAACGGACUCAGAGUGGCUGCCAAGGACACGACACUGGGUGGUUACUUCAUCCCCAAGGGCACGGCUGUAAUGCCCUUCCUGACCUCCGUGCUGAUGGACAAGAAUGAAUGGGAGACUCCGGAUACCUUCAACCCUGCGCACUUCCUAGAUGCUGAGGGAAAGUUUGUGAAGAGAGAAGCUUACCUGCCUUUCUCUGCAGGGAAGCGUGUGUGUCUUGGAGAAGGCCUGGCCAAGAUGGAGCUGUUCCUGUUUUUUGUAGGUUUACUACAGAAGUUCACUUUCUCUGUUCCCGAUGGAGUCGAGCUAAGUGCAGAGGGAGUCACCGGAUCGACACGAAUACCGCACCCCUUCAAGGUUUACGCAAAGGCUCGCUGAAUACUGUAACAUCUCACUGAACAAUUUUCCAUUUAAUCAACGUGUAACAGACGUGACCCAAUCAAAAACACUUAAGAAGAGAAAGCCUUUCACUGUUGUAUGAUUGCUUCAUGUACUGAGGGACUGUUUAGUCUCUCUGUCUGUACAUUUAAAUCUGUCUAUUGAAGUUAUUGUUUCAUUAAAAAAAAAAGUUGAUUGUA